AUGCCGCAGCCAAAAUCGACCAUUCGCGACGAGCACUCUGCUCCGGACCUAGAGAUUGUUGGAAACCAGGUCACAAUUCAUCCGUCUGGCUUCACUAGCAAUCCCACUGCCCGCGAUGACACCAUUACCGAGCGGAAUCUCGUGCGCCAUAUGGCUCGAUUUCGCGAGAAUCCUCUCGACUUUUUCCGUGAGGUUAGCUUGUACAUGUCAGGUACAGGAUGGCGCGCAUACGAUGACGUUAUUGGACAACCGGUGUUCUACUCUGGAUUCGGAGACAGGAUGAAGUCUCUGAUUCUCUCAAGCUCAAUGCUACAGGACAAAGUGAGAGACUUGGCCAACACACGACUUGCGGUGGAGGAAAAGGAAGGGCUGUUGGCAGUCAAGGAAGGCGCGACUAUGGACGAGAAGCGUGCGCGCCGUCGCAAUGAGCUUGAGAGCGGUCUUCGCGAGGUCGUCGAUACGAUGUUGGACAACAUGAUUUGCAAGAUGGAAAGCAAGUCAUUUAUCCGAGGCGCGUACUACUUGUGCACUCAGCUUUUGACACGCGCAUACCAUCAGGGUAUUCACGUUUCGAGCGAAGAAGUAUUGCGGCUUCGAUCCGUUGCAGAGACCGCAGCCAAGCAAAAUCAGUCCAUUGUUUUUCUACCUUGCCACAAGUCUCAUGUGGACUAUGUUUCGCUUCAACUUAUUUGUUAUCGACUCGGUAUGGGUCUGCCGGUUGUCGUGGCCGGUGACAAUUUGAACAUUCCCUUGUUGGGCCCAUUUUUGCAGCACGCAGGUGCCAUGUGGAUUCGGCGUAGCUUUGGAAAUGAUCCACUUUAUCAGACGGUUGUGCAGGCGUAUAUUGAUACUCUCUUGCAGCAAGGUUUCAAUUUCGAAUGCUUCAUUGAAGGCGGUCGAUCUAGGACAGGAAAACUGCUUUCACCAAAGUUCGGUAUCUUGAAUUUCAUCGUGGACAGCGUUCUCUCCGGUCGCGUCAAAGACACCAUUAUCUGUCCUGUCAGCACACAAUACGACAAAGUCAUCGAGACCGAGUCUUACAUCAGCGAACUUUUAGGUCAACCGAAACAGAAGGAAAACCUCGCCGAUCUUCUCUCUUCAUCUUCAGUCUUGUCUUUGAAAUUAGGACGUGUCGACGUCCGAUUUAGUCAGCCGUGGAGCUUGCGGGAAUUUUUGACCCAGCAGCUUUCACGAUUAAAUUUAGCUGAUAUCGGUCAUGGGCUCAAGCUUGAUUACGCCGAGCGAGGUCGCAUUUUGCGAACUCUCGGCUAUCGAGUUCUCUCUGAGAUCAAUGACGUGUCGGUCAUGAUGCCGCCCGCGCUCGUGGGGACGGUGCUUUUGACAUUGCGCGGUCGUGGUGUUGGUAAGGGUGAGUUGGUGAGACGCUUGGACUGGCUCUGUGAUCGAGUACGAGCAAAAGGUGGCCGUGUUGCACAUUUCUAUCGAUCGCCGACAGAGGUCGUGGUGGAUCGCGCACUAGAUGUACUGGGUCCAAAGCUCGUGGGAGUUGUCCCUGGUCUCGCCGAGCCGACAUACUAUGCCGUUGAUCGCUUCCAGCUGUCCUUUUACCGAAACAUGCUUAUUCACCUUUUCAUCACCGAGGCGCUGGUGUCUGUUGCAAUGUACACGAAGAUCAAACAAGGCGGUGGACCCGCCAAUCAGAGGAUUACAUUCGAAGCGCUCAAAGCCCAAGUUUCGUUCCUUUCACAGCUCUUCCGUGGCGAGUUCAUCUUUCCCCCAGAGGGCCUGGUGAGCAAUUUGGAGAAGACGCUACGCAGCUUGGAGGCAGACGAUGUGAUUAGCAUCACCCGCGACGAUAGUAACACGCCGCAAUUUGUGGAACUGAGUGAUACCGAGCGGACUUGCGGCCGGGAGAAUUUCGACUUCUAUUGCUUCUUGAUCUGGCCCUUUAUCGAAGCUUCGUGGCUUGGAGUGGUGUCUCUACAGGGACUCACUCCUCCUCUUGAUGGAUCCAAGGAUAUCUGGAUCGACCAGAAGAAGGCGCAAGACAGUGCUCAGCUUUUGGGCAAGACGCUGUAUCAUCAAGGCGACCUUUCUUAUUUUGAAGCCGUGAACAAAGAGACGCUCAAGAACUCAUACCAGCGCUUUGAAGAAGAGGGCAUCAUUCUGGUGGCCCGUAGCAAGGAAUCUCGUGCUGGUCCUUCCAUAAGGCUGGCUCCCGAGUGGACGCCAAAGCGGGAUCCGGAAACUGGAAAGGUUCUUCCUCGGGGCCGCCUCUGGGACUUUACCGAAUUGAUUGCACAAUCGCGUCGCGAAGGUAAAAACCGCCGGGACGGUGCUACAGUUUCUUCACGCGUCUUGACCAUGUCCGACUUUGUUGGACGCCAGCUCUUUUCGAACGCGGCCGUUUCUACGCCUGCUGAUGUGUCCUCGCGCCAGAUGCGUCGCAAAGCCAUCGGCACCGAUUCAAAGCUGUAA